AUGAGGUGCAAUGAAGAUCAGUCUGUCGAGAAACAUGAGGAAGUAGAAAAACAACCCUACCGCCCAGGCUCCGACAGAGCGAAACAGCCGACCGAGUGUUCCACUACGUCCGCUCUCAGCGGGCCGCAGGUCGCUAGGCGCUUGACCCUCGAUGGCCUCAUUCCAGAAAUCCAGUUGCAGGUCCUCCGCAAUCUCUCGGACCUAGAUAACCUCCACGCAGCCAUCUGCGUCUCGCCCACUUUGCAUAAAUGUUAUCUCUCAGCGAGGCGCGGACUGCUAUAUCACCACCUCGGCAAGACCUUCCACAGCCAUCGCAUAUUCGUUGAUGCCUUUGCGGCUCAUAAGCUGGGCAUUCUGCGCGAGUCGACCAGUGAAGAUGAACUUAAGCUUCUGGAGGAGUUCAUGGAUUCAUAUCUCAACUUGCAGUCCGAUCCAGAGAAUUUCAGAGCAGUAUGUACUGUUGAUGAUCUGGCCGGCAUCGCACGUUUCUACUCAUCGACAGUAAGAUCUGCUCUACCAUAG